CCCUGGUUUUAUGUAUCAAAUGUUCUUGUGUUUCAGGUUCCAGUGGAGUGGAUGAUGCUCAUGUGUUCAUCAGUUCUGGUGAAGAUGUCCAUCUGCCCUGUAAUAAUGCUCUUCCAGACUGUAACUCAACUACAUGGAACUAUAAAAGAUUCAGACAUUCAGAAGCAGAUGAACUGAUUGCUUUAGGGAAAAAGAAGAACAACACAGAGAGACAUGAGAGACUGAGUCUGGGGCCUGACUGCUCUCUGAACAUCAGGAACAUCUCAACAGAAGAUUAUGGAUAUUACAGCUGCCAACAAUGGACAGAUGUGAAAGGAGAACACCAAAAACAAGGAACUGAUGCUCGUGUUUAUCUGCAUGUUCUUCAUGUCUCUUCAUCCUCCUCCUCAUCCUCACAGACUGAGAUCAGUGCAGGCCGCUCUGUGACUCUCUUCUGUCAGUUGUAUUCAUAUCCUCGAGUCUCUUGUGAUGAUUGGAUCUGUUCUGAGAGAAUUGAGCUGUUCUGGGUGAAUCAGACUGGUGUUAAACUGACGAGAUCAGACUCCAGAUAUCAGAUAUUAUCCUCAUCAGAUCACUGUAUCAUCACUCUGCAUACAACACUCCUGAAUGAAGAUCACAACAGAGAGUGGAGAUGCAAUGUUACUCACAGAGAUCAAGUCAAGAGCUCAGUCACAUACACUGUCAAGAGUUCAGAUCCAGCAGAACCUGAAGUCAGUAGGACUGCUGGAUCAUUAUUCAGAGUGAUUGUGAUUAUUGUUGAGUUUGCAGCGUUUGCUGCUCCUACUGUGAUUCUUCUUCAGAUCAUCUGUGCAAGAAGAGCUGGGAGGAAGGACUCACAGCACCCAGAGGAAAUAGUGCUGAAUACAAUAUCAGAAUAAAAUGCUCUACAAAUAACCGAUUACAGCAAGAUUUAUCUUCAUGCCAGUGAUAUUAUGGAUAUUUGCAUACAGUUUAUGUGGAUAUUUUCCAUACUGUACUGAAUGUUUUAAAUAUAAUUUUAAAUACAGCGAUCAACCGAGCAAGACAGGCACCUUUAAUAUCCAUGAAUGGUUUUUACAGAAAUCCUAAUAUUAAUACAUGGUCAUUUUCUAUCCUUGACUCAUCUGAUUGUUACAUUCAAAUUUUAAAAUGUUUUAA